GGAAAAUAUGAAAACAAUAACAUAACCUUAAAUUUGAAUUAUUCAAAAAUUUUUAAAUUUUAGACCAAAUCCCAUAAACUGAUGAUAUUGGUUUACGGAUGGUAUUACAACAGUCUUACUUUUAUUUAAAUUACAACCUUUUCAUGUUUAUUUUUAUUAUAAAUAUCAAUGUCUUAAGAAAAUUAUAUCACAUUUUACCAAAGGGGUAAAGGUAUUUUUCAUUAAAAUGUUUAGUCCAAAGAAACUGCAGAUUAUAUUUAGAGGUAUAUAUAAAUUAAGGUCGAUUUCUACGACUAUCGUUAGGAAAUCUGACGAUAUAUCAAACGAAUCUGUAGAGGACAUACUUGCAACUGAGAGUGAAUAUAACAAGGAGGUGGAUAAUUUUAUGAGUGUUAAAGAUGUCCAUAACUGCCUGAUAAUACAACCAUAUGUAAAAUGGGGCCCUCGCAAACUAUCAAUUACUCCAGAGGAGCAGUUGGAAGAAGCAAUUGCGCUAGUAAAUACCCUUCCAUCCUGGAAAGUUGUUAAUACUAUCACUGUACCCCUAGAAUCUUUGGAUUUAAAAACUUUAUUUAGAUCAGGAAAUAUGGAAAAACUAUCAAAAAUGAUCAGAAAAGAUUCCGAAAUAUCAGCAGUUUUCGUAAAUGCUAGUAAUUUAAAAAGAGUAACGGCUAAGAUUUUACAUGAAAACUUUAGGCUACCAAUUUUAGAUCGCUACAGAAUAGUAAUGCAAAUUUUAAAAAUGCAUGCUACCAGUAAAUAUGCCAAACUACAAGUCGCAUUAGCAGAACUGUAUUUUAUUCGAAGAAAAGCUGAAAGCAAUCAAGUAUUUGUUACACAUGAUCGGGAUACGUUGAAAUUAAUGUUUCAAAAUAGGGAGCAAAAAUUAAAAAAAGCUAUUAAUAGCCUCAGGGAUCAAAGAAAACUGUUACGGAGUAAAAGACGAAAAUUGGAUUAUCCAGUUGUUGCUGUGGUAGGCUAUACUAAUGCAGGUAAAACCUGUUUAAUUAAGGCAUUAACUGGAGAAGAUUCUUUACAACCGAGGGAUCAACUAUUCGCUACUUUAGACGUUACUGUUCACAGUGGAAUUUUGCCUUCUGGUUUGGAAAUUUUAUAUGUAGAUACUGUUGGAUUCUUGUCAGAUAUACCUACGGAUCUCAUUGAAUGUUUCAUUGCUACAUUAGAGGAUGCCAUUUUAGCUGAUUUGAUUCUGCAUGUAGAAGAUCUGUCAAGUUCUUGCUUUGAAUAUAAAAGGGACCAUGUUCUAAAAACAAUCCAAAAUUUAGGAAAGGAUAUAGGGAGUGAUGAUAUCACAAACAAGAUAAUGUCUGUUGGGAAUAAAUGUGAUCUUGUUAAAGAUGUAAAAGAUCAACAGAUUUUAACAGUAUCUGCUAAAUUAGGAAUAGGUUUAGAUCAACUAAGAUUUAACAUUGAAAAAGCAAUCAUGAAGGCAACAGGUAGACGUUACAUUACCAUAAAAGUUCCUAAUGGAGGGGAGGAAAUAAGGUGGUUGUAUAAAGAAGCUACAGUAGUAUCUCAACAUCCCGACGAAACAAAUCCUCAAGUAAUGAAGACAAAUGUAAUUAUCACCGACGUGAAAUUACAAAAAUUCAAACAUAUUUUUUUAUCAAGAACUAAAUAAUUAUAUUAAUUAUAUAAUGUUUUAAAUGUAUUUCAA